AUGCGGGCGUGUAAUGGCUGUCGCAAAAGGAAGAUCAAGUGUGACGCGGCCACGACAAAUACUUGGCCGUGCUCGGCAUGCACUCGCUUGAAGUUGGUCUGUGUUCCUCCCACAAUCGGUCAAGAUGGAGAAUUCGUCAACGAGGGAAUGGAAACCUCUCAGGAGGUUGGCGGCUCAUCCACGACAUCCGAACCCUCGCAUCAUGCCUUCCCGGUGCCUCCGGCCUACCGAGAUGCUCAUCAAGCUCCGAUGGGACAAAUGCCAUCUUACGACGGAAUGGGCAUGUAUUCCCAAUUCGUUCACACACCUCCGGCUCAACCCGGGAUGUAUAAUGACAUGCGAUCAUCCCCGAUAGUCAUGCCACACCAGUCAUAUCAACAACAACCUCAAGUAUUUCCCGGAGCCCAACCACCACACUUGGCAACUCCGGAUCGGGGCAUGUUUGCGGAGAAUGACCAGUCAACGGCGGACAAUCUCAGCGAUGUGCUCGGAGAACUGAAAAUUGACGAAACAGGCAUCGCACCAUAUAUCCGCAGGCAAAGGAAGGAUCGUGUCGAACCAGAUGCGCCUGUCCAAGAUGAAGUGGAAGAAAGACUGCCCCCUCUCAGUACGGGCGCAGGCGCAACCAUUCGAAUCCCACCAGAGUUGAUGCCCGACGACGAGGACGUGAUGAAUUACUUCAAAAUUUACUUUGAUGAAAUACACCCCUACGUGCCGGUGAUUCCCCGCGCGCACCUGUACUACCAAUGGCAAAAUGACCGCCGCUCUAUAUCACCUCUCCUCCUUGAGGCUUUGUUCGCGUGCGCGGGGCGAUUAUCUGACGAGCCUUCGGAAGGCGCUCAGUGGCUUGCUAUGGCUAACAGACACGAGUCCAGUUUCAUGGACGUUCCGCGGCUAAGCACCAUCCAGGCUUUGCUGCUCUUACUCAAGGCAAGGGAGUCAUUACCCAAAAAGGGCUACUAUUAUCGGUCAUGGCAGACUGUCAAAACAAUCGUAUCCAUGGCCAAGGACCUAGAAAUCCACGAGCAUUAUAGUAGCCACGCCGAAGGGCGACCCUGUGACUUGAGCCCAAUUGAAUGUUUGGUGAGCACUCGGGUCUGGCAGGCACUUUUGGUGGUUGAGGUGAUGAUUGGAGCACCACAAGGCCGCUCCGACUACGGCGUUGACCCGGACACCGUGGAUAUGCGCCCAACCCUGGAUAUCAGAGGCCUGGAUCACUUCGAAACGGAACGCUCCAGACAAUACGCUUACUUUGUCCGUAAUGCACACCAUAUUCGCAUCAUCGCUGAUAUCUAUCACAAGAUUAAGAAGCAGAAAGAUUGGGGAGCAGAUCCUCGGUUCACCCAGAAGAACCCGCUCUUCGCCGACUGGCUUCGCAAUUUACCCACGGACCUGCAGGUGAAUUACCCAGCUGAUGGAGCCCCUCCCUGGAUUCCGUCCCAUUUUGUGGGAAAUAUGCACUCUCACUGUCACCUGGCCAUUAUCUUGCUACAUCGUCCUCAGCUUGUGGCGUCUCAAUCCUUUGCAGCCGGUGGUGAAUGGAGAAUCCACUUCUCUCUGUGUUACACCUCGGCAAAGAAUAUAUGUCGCUUGCAGGAAGCUAUCCUGGAGCGAUUUGGGCUGUCUGGCUUGCUGUACAUGCAGCGAGACCCCGAAUUUAAUUCCGACGCCCGGGAAUACUUCACCCGCCACAUGCGCAUCUUGGAAAAAUGCUCUUCGGCCUGGCCCAUGCCGGAGAUCCAGGCACAGAUCGACUCCCUCAGGCUGGCCUUCUCCGCGGACACCCACCGCCCAUUUGAGCUGAAACCGAGCUUCCCAUAUGGCAGUCCCUCGGAACCAUACCAGCCCAGUCCACCCAUGGACGCUCAUUACCAUCCACACCUAAGCCAAAUGUCAAGCAAUGUCCAAUCCAGAGUGGGUUUCAACACACAUCCAAUCACUCCUCCGAUAUCUGCUGGUGCUGAAUCAGACGCAAAGUCGGAUACGUCCUCCCAGUUACAAUCCCUUGGAAUGGUCCCCCAUCAACCGCCUACAACGCAUCCCCUCGAAGCUCCCUUAGUUGAUGAGCACAGCUGGGACCCCACGCGCAUCAUCAACCAAUGGGACAUGGCUUUCUCUGUCAACCCCUCAACCGUCAGCUCGAACUCUCCUCCCAUGCCUAUGAACAACACCCCCCAACCCAUGUCGAGUAUGGUAAACCAACAGUACCCGAUCCAGUAUGACUCGCCGCCCAAGGUGACAGUCCCACAGAGCCAAUCCGUGUCACCGCCACAGUUCCAGGCUCCCCCAGUCGUGUUUAGUGCCCGGGACUGGCAGCAAAGUGUGGCCAGCGUGUAUGACCCGCAAGGCUUAAAAAGACGAUGGAACUACUCCACUGAUCUUGGCGACAGUAUGGCCAAGCGGCAACGAGGAUGA